AUGUCUGGCGCCGCAAACAGACAGGGAAAGAUGAAUCCGCUCAUGACCGCACCCAACUUACCAGUCCAGAUCAACUACCGCAUGAAAGUUACGCUGCAAGAUGGCAGGCAGAUGGUCGGGCAGAUGCUCGCAUUCGACAAGCACAUGAACCUGGUUCUCGCCGACACAGAAGAGUUCCGACGUACGCGAAGAAGGGGCAAAGCUGCACCGGGCGCAGCCCAGCAAGUCACCGAGACCGAGGAACGACGCGCCAUUGGCCUCACCAUCAUUCGCGGCGCCCACGUCAUUUCGCUGUCAGUUGAUGGCCCGCCGCCCGCCGACCCCGCCGCGCGACUCGGAGCAAGUGGCACAGGUCCAUCGACCACUGCAGCUCUGGCCGCAGGGCCCGGUGUAGCUCGCCCUGCUGGACGUGGUCUUCCAGUUGGACUUACUGGACCAGCUCCUGGUGUCGGAGGACCUGGCCCUGGAUUUGGAGGUGGUUUCCCAGGCGCCCCUGGAGGUUUUGGAGGCCCGCCCGGCUUCCCAGGUCGCGGUGGUCCCCCAGGUGGUCCGCCCGGUUUUCCCCCUGCUGGUGGUCCUCCUGGAGCCUUCGGAGGCCCUCCAGGAUUUGGCGGACCGCCCGGUUUCCCUGGGCGCGGCGGACCCCCUGGUUUCGGUGGCAGAUAG